AUGGAUUACAUGUGGGCUCAAACAUUUAAAACAUUCUAUCGACUCCACGAUUUAGCAACUAACUGGGAACAGGCGCGGCAAAUUUGCGAAGCAGAAGGCACAUCUUUACUAGUACCAGGCUCACUUGAGGAAAUGGAAAACUUAAAACUCCUAAUAAGCAACAUGAAAUCCCGAUAUACUGCGAUAUUUAUUGGAAUACACGAUCAGUUUUCAGAAGGCGACUUUGUUACUAUUAGAGGAGAGACAAUAACAGGAACUAUUUUGGAAUUACUCUGGGCUGAUGGUCAACCAGAUAACAGAAAUACUACCGAAGAUUGUGUGGUAAUGACAAGAGAAGGCCUAUUUGACGAUAGGCCUUGCAAUGAUAUUUACCCAUUUGUUUGCAAAAUAUUGGGUAAUGAGAGUAAAUACAAUCAAAAGUGUGAUGGAUUUGAUGUUGGCGAGUUGACACAAAAUUAUUAUUUUUUUAAUUAUCGUUUUUCUGCACAUCACCUUUAA